AUGUUCGUUGCUGUCUCAAACCCCGCAGCCAUCCCAGCACGCGAGCGCGCGCUCUUGUGCCAAUUGUUCGCAACCUCCUGCGCCGUCGGCGCUCCGCGCCCGGUGGUCGCGGUCCAUGUCGGCAACUGCGGUCCGCCAGAGAGGGGCAGCCAAUGGGGUGCCAGAGCCGACGAUGUUCUAGGUUUAAUAACGCAUCGGGCGACGAGCGCGCUCUCCACGACCGCAUGCUGCGACUCUCACGACAGGCGGGAUCUUCCCUUUGUGGGAUCGCCAAGCACCGCGCCCUGCGCCCUGCAGGCCGCCGCCCUUAUCAGGCGCUCGCCCCAUGUUCCGUACAAUGUAAUCGCUGUGGGCUCUCCGGUAUACGAGGACUAA